AUGAAUCAAGUAGAUGUUACUAUCAAUGUAGAUACUUCUAAUCAAUAUCAAAGAGUAUAUGGAUAUGGAGGAGCACUAACACAAUCAUCGGCAUACUUGUUUUCAGAGAUGUUAAAGACAAAUGAAACGUUUGGUAUGGAUGUUUUGAAAUCAUUAUUUGAUCCAAAUGAAGGAAUAGGUAUUUCAAUGCUUCGAGUACCUGCUAGUUCAUGUGAUUUCUCAUUGUACAAUUAUACCUAUGACGAUGUCGUCGGUGACACUGCACUCGAUCAUUUGUCAAUCAACAUUGAUCUACUCUACACCAUUCCAAUCAUCAAAACAAUCCAACAAUUCAAUCCAAACAUUCGAUUAAUCUACACUCCAUGGUCUGCUCCAACAUGGAUGAAAUCAUCCGAUAGUCUUGAUUAUGGUACUUUAAAUUUAAACAUGUAUGAUGUAUAUACAGACUUUAUAACUAAAUUUAUAACAUUGUAUAAAGAAGAACAAGGAAUAGAUAUUUAUGCAAUUACAAUUCAAAAUGAACCAUUGUUUCAACCAAUGACAUAUCCAGGAAUGUUGGUUACUAGUCAGGUGGAAACAUCACUAGUUAAAUUAUUGGGUCCCAAGUUGAAAGCAGCUAAUCUUUCAACAGAGAUAUUCAUCUACGAUCAUAAUUGGAUCGAUCCAGAGUAUCCACUCGACAUUUUAAGCGAUGAGGAUGCAUACCCAUAUGUAGGUGCUACAGCAUUCCACUGUUACCAAGGUGACGUUUCUAAUCAAUCGGUGGUGUAUACCAAGUUCCCUGAAAAGGAGAUUCACAUGACCGAGUGUAGUGGUGGGGCAUGGGCACCCAACUUUUCAGACAAUCUUGUUUGGGCAUCUGAUAAUCUUUAUAUCGGUGCAAUGACCAAUUGGGCAAGUUCAAUGCUCCAAUGGAACUUUGCUUUAAAUACUCAAAGUGGUCCAACCAAUCACGGAUGUUUAAAUUGUAGAGGUUUCAUAACAGUCGAUGAAUCAACCUAUCAAUCGAUCGAAUACAAUGUGGAAUACUAUGGAACUGCACAUUACAACAAAUUCAUUUCACAACCAUGUUUUAGAAUUGACAGCGAAAUCAUUAAUAACUCACAACAACCAUCAUCAUCAUGUAUCAACAGUAUAGCCUAUUCCAAUAGUGAUGGUAAUAGUUAUCAUGUAGUAGUUGUCAAUUCAUGUUCAACCAUAAUGAAUUUACAAUUAAACCUUGUACAAGAGAAUAUAUAUUUAACUUAUUCCUUACCAAUUGGUCUAACAACCUUUUAUUUUUAA